CCGAGGAAACACGACCCUUAACACGACUAUGGGGACCAGAUUCCGCACGAACAGUCUGAGCUUGCGCGGUGCUUUCGAAAGGUGUAUCCUGGCUUGAUCAUCAAAGCCGCGGUUGGGCUUUUACUCGUCAACGAGCUUUCGUACUGGAGUGUGCGUGUCUCUAGCGAGAAAGAAAAAAAAAGAAGAAAGAAAGAAGUGGAUCUCGUUCGCGUCCGGCCGGGUCGCCACGUACCACUUCUACAAGUAGCAGAGACGCCGCAUCGAAAAAUCCUAGAUACAGAAUCGUCUUGCACGCGAAAAUGUAACGAUCUCAAUAGUGAGGCCAGUUGUCUGGAAAAUUGGCUUAAACAGAAGAAGAGAAAGAGGUGAUAUCUUUUUUCCUGUGUCACACGGCUCGUGAGUGAAGCAUCUUGCAGAGGAAAUCCAUGGCGUGAAACAUCGGCACCGUUCGUUCGUUGAAUUAUUUCUCUACAAAAGCUGAAGCUUGAGAAAAAUCAGGAUGCACGCGGUUGGAUUGCACUCGGCGCUGGCCAUCAAGCGUCAGAGAAAGCGACGGGACGAGCAGCGUCGUGCCCGCGAGCGGCGCUAUAGCGCGCAAUCGGGCGAGAGCGGUCUCACGUCGCCGAGGGCAUCUACCGGUUCCUUGGAUCAUCAGCCGAGGCACCACAAGGCCGGCCACUCGAGUCGCUCGGCCGGCCAGGGUAUGUUGGACUCGAAGGUAGUCACGUCGGUGGGGAUGCUUCACAUAGGCGUCGUUUUCCUCGUUUUCGGCGCUUUCCUCUUAAUGAGCGGUCUCCUGCCGGGCGACCUCGCACGUUGGGGCACGAAAGCGUCGGGCGGUUGGUGGAACGAGUUGGUCGCAAUAGGCCUGUUCGCCAUCGUGUUCGGCAUAUUCCUGAUCGUGUUGAAUAAAGUGAUCGCCAAAAGAGAGGAGAACGACUUGGAGGAGUACGUGCAGAGGCAGUUGACCAGGUCCAAGUCCGGGCACAGGUUGGAAAGAGACGCGGAGACAGGCGGUUUGACCACGAAACAAGCGAAGAGGGCGAAGCAAAUGCUGCAACAGCAGCAAGAGCAGCAGAUAGACUCGAUCGAGACGCACAACGAGAAGAACCCCGACUCCCCACCCAGGAGCCCACCGCCUGCUUACUCCCCUCCUGCGAUGAACGGCGAUCACCAGGCCGUCCAGUCGUCCCUUUACCUCGAACAGAUAACCGAGGAGGAGAUCAUCAGCGAUCGCGUGGAAACCUCGACAACCAACAGCUUGAGUCCCGGCUCGCCCAGCGAGACCAGGGAAUUGUUGCAGAAUCCUCGUUACUCGAAGCAGAAUGGAAACCCUCAGCAGAUUCAUCGGUCGCUCUACGUGUCCAGGAUCUAGACACUCUGGAGGGAGGGGUAUAGUUAUAGCCUGAUCUGGCUCGAAUGUUUAAUUAAAGGAUCGCGAGGAUCUCGUACGUAUUGAGAGGGGAAAGGAUCGUCAUGAUGAUUGUGGAGAUGAUGACGAGGUAUUUUGAAGAAAAAGAAAAAAAG